GUCAGACAGGCUGAGAAGAUUGAGUGGGAAGCAGGGGAUGUUGUUACACGGCUGGGAGCGUCGGACCCUGCUACAGACAAGACGUGCAUCUGCUGCCUGGAGGAUUACCAGCCAAACAAUCAGAUAGCAUUGCUACCUUGUGGCCAUGUCUUCCACGAAGAGUGUCUUGCAUGUUGGUCGGUGUCUUCUGCUGCAGCAGGGAGAUGUUGCCCAACUUGCCGCAAGAGCUACAGCAUGGGUGAUGUCUAA